AUGAUUAUAAUUUUAAGUUUGAUUACUUUUCUGUUUAACUUAAGAUCAGUUUACAAUCUUGAAGAGUCGUUUUUUAAUAAUAAUUUUAAUAUUUCUAAUUAUUUUACUGGAUAUCAUGUCAAAAUAGAUGAUUUAAAAAUAAGUGAGAGUUAUUUAUUUAAGCAACCAGGUAAUAUAAAUAUAGAAUUGGCUUUAUCAGCAUUAAAAGGAAUAGAUUAUGAAAAUCAACAUAAAAACAUAAUGGAAGAUAAAAAAAAAGUAGAAAUUAAUCAUUGGAACAAAAUAACUAAAAAAGAUUUUUUUAAUAAAAACAAAGAAGAAAAUUUAAUUAAAGGAAUGCCUGAACCUUUUAGUAUAAAUAACAUUACAGAUAAUAUAAGAAAUAUAAAAUUUUAUUUUAACAAUGAUAAUUUAGAAAAUAUGGAAAUUAUUUAUAAAGGAAAAUACAUACCGAAAAUAUAUAAUAAUAUUUUUUUAAUAUUUGUAAUAUCAUUUAUGUAUUUAUUUUGUAUUAAAAUAUUAUUCCAAGGAUAUGUCAAUGGGAAGAAUAUUGCUAAAAAUUUUAUACCAAAAAUAUCUACUUUAUUCACCUUUUUUGUAAUAUUAAAAAUUAUGCUAUUAGUUAUUCCCCCUUUCUUAUGUGCUUCUCUUAGCAUAAUUGUAACUUUCUAUUUCUAUUCGAUAUCAAUGAAUCCAUGUGAGAAUUUUUAUUUUCUUAAAAACUCGAAAAUAAAAAAAGAACCAAUUGGAUGGAUACUUAUUGUUUAUUCGCAGUCUGUUUUAAUUGGGAAUAUUAUAUAUCAUUUAUUAUUUACUCCAAAAGUGUUAAAACUAUUAAUAAUGUAUAUACAAAAUUAUUUUCUAUUAUAUUUGACUUGUUUAGUUGUUUUAUUGCUCAUAGCAUCCCUUAUAUUUUUUUUAAUGAUAAGCAGUAUAUUUCCAGCAAAAAAAGCUCAGAAUUUUGUUUUCUCAUUUACAUCAUCCUAUCUAAUUGUAUCUUGUUACACUUAUUUUUAUAAUUUCUUUAUAUUAAAAUUUUUAAACGAUACUAAUAUUUUUCAAAUAGAACCAAUUAUGUUUUUCUCUUAUACACCUAAAUUUGUAUUUAAUAAACAAAAUAUUAUUGCUUUGCUUAUGCUUCUUAUAAUGACUAUUUUGUCAUUAGUAUUGCCAAAAUGGUUAAGGCAAAGUAACCCUUUAGGAAAAAAAAAGAAAAAUACGGAUAAAGCAACAGAAAAUAAACAUGACAUUUUUUUUAAUUAUUUUUCUUAG